UACAUCCCGAGACAUCAUGACGAUUCACAUCCGCGACUACGGCGACACCCACACCAUGUACGAAGUCAUCUUCCAUGGAAACUUCAUCGAGACCUGCCGAACCUCUAACCCUUCCAUAGUCGACGGCUGGGUCCAAGUCAUGAGCAGCCACUUCGGCUUCAGCAGCAACCACAACCGCCUCAUCGGCCUCGACAUCGAAUGGAAUCCAAACACUCAGCGUAACGCGCCUCGUAACCCCGUGGCUACACUCCAACUCUGCCAGGGCGAGAACUGCCUCGUCUACCAGAUCUUGCACGCGCCUUACAUCCCGCAGUCGCUGGUGGAUUUUCUCAGAAGCUGCAAUAACACGUUCGUUGGGGCUGGGAUCGAGGCGGACGCUCAGAAGCUUCUAGAAGACUACAACCUCCACGUGACAAACUGCACGGACCUUCGGAUGCUUGCGGAGCACGUGCUGGGGGAGAGAGAGAUGAGGAAUGCGGGGCUGAAGACGCUGGCUGCGAGGGUUAUGGGGGUCGAGCUGGAGAAGCCGUGGUACAUCACGAGGAGCUGUUGGGAUGCUGAGUGGCUUAAUCUUCAGCAGGUGCAGUACGCUUGCGUGGACGCGUUCGUCUCUUAUGAGGUUGGGAGGAGGCUGUUUUUUUGGUCCGGGAAUACUUCCAAUAGGUUUUGAUUUCAAUGGGAUUUGAGUUGAUUGCUCAUUAGCUUGACUAUGUUUAAUUUCGUGCUUUGGAUUUUUCUCCCUUUUUCA